GGGAUGUUUGUUCUGGGCCUGCCCUAUGCCAUCCUUCACGGUGGAUACCUAGGACUCUUUUUAAUAAUUUUCGCUGCAGUGGUUUGCUGCUACACUGGGAAAAUCCUUAUUGCCUGUCUUUACGAAGAGAAUGAGGAUGGGGAGAUAGUCAGGGUGAGAGACUCCUACGUGGACAUCGCGAACGCGUGCUGCGCGCCCCGCUUCCCCACGCUCGGGGGCAGAAUUGUCAACGUGGCUCAGAUCAUUGAACUGGUCAUGACCUGCAUCCUCUAUGUGGUGGUCAGUGGGAACCUGAUGUACAACAGCUUCCCCAACCUGCCCGUCUCCCAGAAGUCGUGGUCCAUCAUUGCCACGGCAGUGCUCCUGCCUUGCGCGUUCUUGAAGAACCUCAAGGCAGUCUCCAAGUUCAGCUUGCUCUGCACGUUAGCCCACUUUGUCAUCAACAUCCUGGUGAUCGCCUACUGCCUCUCCAGGGCACGCGACUGGGCCUGGGACAAAGUCAAGUUUUACAUUGAUGUCAAGAAGUUUCCCAUCUCCAUUGGCAUCAUUGUCUUCAGCUACACCUCCCAGAUCUUUCUGCCUUCCUUGGAGGGGAACAUGCAGAACCCCAAGGAGUUCCAUUGCAUGAUGAACUGGACUCACAUCGCAGCUUGCAUCCUUAAGGGACUCUUUGCCUUGGUCGCCUACCUGACCUGGGCUGAUGAGACCAAGGAGGUCAUUACAGACAACUUGCCAUCCACCAUUAGGGCAGUAGUCAACAUUUUCUUGGUGGCCAAAGCCUUGCUCUCGUACCCCUUGCCGUUCUUUGCAGCUGUAGAAGUCCUGGAGCGGUCCCUUUUCCAAGAUGGAAACAGGGCUUUCUUCCCCAACUGCUAUGGGGGUGACGGGCGGCUCAAAUCCUGGGGACUCACCCUCAGAUGUGCCCUGGUAGUUUUCACCCUGCUCAUGGCUAUUUAUGUCCCCCAUUUCGCCCUCUUGAUGGGUCUUACUGGGAGCCUCACAGGCGCAGGGCUCUGUUUCCUGCUCCCCAGUCUCUUCCACCUCAAACUCUUGUGGAGGAAGCUCUUGUGGCAUCAUGUCUUCUUCGACGUUGCCAUUUUCGUUAUAGGCGGUAUCUGCAGCAUCUCUGGGUUCAUCCACUCUUUAGAAGGCCUCAUAGAGGCUUUCAGAACCAAUGCUGAAGACUAAGGAGGGGCCAGAGUCGGGUGCAGGAAGAGAAUUGCAUCGAACAUCCGCAUAGCCAAAUAAUUCUGCAUCCCUUUAAUGGAAAGAGUCAUUAUUUUCGUUAUGUGCAUCCAACAAAUUCUAUGUCAUAGAAUCUGCAAACUAAGGAAAAUAAGAAGAGAUGAAAGUGCUCACCCUGGUGUCUUUUUAAAUAAGCUCAGAUUUAAAUCUAUUUUUUUGUUAUUUAGAUUUUUUGGAAGGAAAUUAUCUGAUGCCCCACCCCUAUCUCCUCACUCGUUGCCUGAAGCUUGGCCCCCCACAAACGGCCUGUUGGGAAACAGUCGCAGUUUUCAACACUCCUCACAGAUAUGCAAAUCAGUGUUUCAGGAGCUGAAACACAGGUGCCGAUCCCACGGGAUUGGGAAGCCAACCCGCCAAUGGGGCGGGAGCAGGGACCUUUGUUUUAACACUUUGAGAGAUGGAUGUAGACGAGACCCAGAUUGUACGACCAGCCCAACAAGCCCAAGCAGCGUCUGAUGACCGGUGAUGCCGCUUACCUGCAAUGUUUACACCGUAGUCACGAUAGAUGUCAGGACUGCUCGAUUCUUCCAUCCCAAUCCACACCGAGGAACGGCGCUUCCCAUCAAACACAAAUGUGCUGCCUCUGGUUGAAAUCGCAGCCCUGGAGUCCACUUCUCGGUGACUUAUGUUUCGUUUUGUUUUAACAAUUGUUAUUUCUAAAUUAUAAAAAGCUAAAAAAUAAUAUAAUAAUAAUAAUAAUAAUAUAUGGUUGGAUUUGAUGUCGUUUCGGGAUUACAGGAACAAAACUACGACACAAUUCAUUCUGUGCAAUCUACCAGAUCCGUGGAGCUGUUUCCAAUGUACGUGUGGUGUCAUUGUGGUAAAUAAGAUGAAAAAUGUAUAUCAGAAAAAAAAAAUCUAUCUUUAACAUAUAAUGUGGUACAUAAAUAUAUGGAACAAUAAAGAGAAAACAUAGAUGA